UUGUAGUAAACAAAAAUAUGUUUUGCGGCGUUCUAGUAUUAUUAUAUGGGUGUUUACCUAAGGAUUUCUUGUAGCAACGUGGAGCGAGUUCCCUACAGAAGCUUGUGAAGGCUCAUGGUACACCUGGUGGUUGUUCGUUGCGUGGCUGGUGAACCCGUUCGUGUCCUCCGUCCUGGUACUCCUCUUCAUACUUCUGCCAAACGAUUCCGACUUGUGGCUCAAAUUGUAUUGCCCGAUUUUUGUCAUGGAUGCCAUUGAUUUAGUGAACUUUUGUGCUGAGUUUUUUACAGUGGAACUGAUUGUGACGAGGAACCGUUGUAAUCCACGUCGUUUGGGCUUGAAGAAAUUUAAAGACUGGGGCUUAUAUGUGGAUGCUCUGUCCCUAUUGAUUCCGCUUGUUACAUUAUUUACGCACGAUUGGGAAUACCAGACAACCAGAUUAUUCAGACUCAAAUUCUUUAUUGAUUUUGAGUUCCAUUUCUGCAGGGGUUUUCGGAGUCAAAAAGCACCAUAUGUUUUGAAGUUAGCGAUUAUGAUAUUAUUGCUACACAUUUUUACGUGUGGCUGGAUCUUUUUUGCAUGUCGAGAUUCAAAAUUCCCGAUUCCGCUCCCGAGUGAUAUUCGCCACUUGAACAAAACUGUAGAUUUUUCCCAGUGGGUCCAUCCUGAUGACAGACAAGGCGGUUGUGCCCGUUCCACGAGAAAUGCCAUUACAGACGAACAUGGCCGAAUUAUGCCCUCUUUUGUAGUGCCCAAAUAUUGGCCACACGAUUAUGUCGUCGCAAUGACUUAUAUCUUGUUAAUACAUACCCAUACUAGUAUUGAUACGGUGAUCGCUUUGUCACUCAAACAAGUAUACUAUAAAGUUUUUGUGACAUUCUUCAUGUACUUACUGGACAUAUGGGUCAUGGCAGUGGCCAUCAAUUUUGCGUUCAAUAGGAUUCGCGUACUCUACGCGUACGACUUCAAUGUUCAGACAAUGUUAACUUAUUUCAUAAACAAUGGUAUCUGCGUGUCUCUGGCAGAAAUGGUAAAAAAAUAUGCGGAUCAAGUUUGGACUAGGCAAAAAGGUGAUUGGCUUCCUGAGUUAGUGUACCAAGCGCCCCUUUGCUUGCGACAAGACCUGUUUACUGCAUUGUACAUACACCAUUUGGAAGCACCCCCGACUUAUCGGAGACUACCCGACUACUUCAAAAGGCAGUUAUGCGCAAGAUUCUCCAGGGUAGUUAUAUUUCCAGGCAAGUGCAUAGUGCGUGAGGGAGACACAUUCAAUACCACCUACUUCAUUCAUGAAGGUGAAGUGGAGAAGUGGUAUACUGAUAAUGCCGGCGAAGGACAAUUGAUGUCUGUCCUUUACACCAAUGGAUACUUUGGGUGCAUUUCUGGGCUGUUUCGCAAUGCUGGCUUUCAGUUUUCGUAUUACACUCGAACGGUGGUGGAUUUAGUGUAUCUUGAACUGUCUAACUGGGAAGAUCUAUUGGAGAGUUACCCAGACGUCAAGAUGAUGCUAUAUGGCGUCACAAAAGAAUUGAGAAAAGAAAGCGCAAAAAAUGCACAUGGUAAACCUCGGGCUAGCGAAACGUACUCGGGCUCAGGCUCGGGCUGAAAAUAAAAAAAGACUUCAAAAUGCAUUUUUUUACCUGAUUUUGCAGCAUUUGGCAAAAAAGGAAAAUAUUUUUCAGAACCCUUUUUCUUAUAGUUCUUA